GCGCUGGAAGAUCCAAUCCAGCGUCCAAUCCAAGAUUCAAUCUAUUAAUACAUCAGAGCAACCACAUUCUUUCGUCUCUGAACCCACCUUCACCAGUCCAACCUUGAAUUUGAUAGCUGCACCAGCCCACAGCACACACAACACGCCCAGCAUGCUUUCAUGCCGAAUGCCCAUCGGCCACCAUGGCACAACUAGCAGCCUGCACACACCUGUCAGCAGCACGUGCACGCUCAUAUCCAGCCAUUCAUCAGCUGCCACUGUCACGUCCUGGAGAAGCUAUAGCAGCAGCAGCAUAAGUUCCAGCUUAAGUCGUAGCAGCAGCAGCAGCGGCACGGGUUACAGCAUGCGCCGGUUAACAGGGUUGGGAUGUGAGACGCCAAGGGGAAAUCCGUGGGUGGAAGGCGCAGUGGCAAGGCGGGGGGUUGUUGCUCACGCCAGACGCAAGAGG